CAGGACAGUAGAUUAUAGAAUACGAUAAUUUAAUAGGGAUAUAGUGAUUUAUUUUGGAAAGUUUUAUUGUUAGUACAUUUUGUUGAUAAGGCAUCAUCAUGUAUCCGGACUCGAGCCCAGACUACGAUGACUCCUCGAGCUCGUCUAUCAGCAGCAGCAGCAGCAGUACGAGCAGCACCUGCGCAGCAUCGCCUACCGGAGAUAUCCCCCAGUGUAGCCAGCGAUCUCCAGAUUCACACAGGAACAAAUCGUCAAUGGACAGCAACAUGUCGCAGGAUAUCUGCGGAGAAACAGACUCUCCAUGGCAGUCUCCCUUUGUUCCAACGGUGACUGCAAUCUCAACCUCCCUGGAUCUGCACUGGAUGUUCCAACAGACCACCGUCAUCACAUCAGCAUCAGUCUCCUCCUCCUCCUCCUCCUCCUCCUCCUCCUCUUCAUCUUCCUCUUCCUCCUCCAGUGGACGUGCAAAGCUUAGCAGAGCGCAUGGCGCAACCCAGUUGUCUUCCAGAGUGGAAGGCAGCAAGAAAGGGAAAAAACAGCCUUCAUCAGAAGAGGACGAGAGGAGAAAUAUCAGGAGAGAGAGGAAUAAAGUCGCAGCGGCCAAGUGUCGUAACAGACGGAGGGAGCUCACCGACACCCUGCAAGCCGAAACUGAUCAGCUUGAGGGGGACAAAGAGGCCUUGCAGACAGAGAUAGCCCACCUCCUGAAAGAGAAAGAGAGACUGGAACAGAUCCUAUCCACCCACCAACCAGCCUGCAAACUAGCCGUCGCUGAGGACGAUGUCGAAAAUGAGAUUGACGAUGACAUUGAAGGCAUUCUACAAGACGCCACAGAUUCUGCCCAGCUGCUCUCCAUCUUGGAGAAUGCAGACAAACUCCAACUCCCAGAAGGCAAUGCGACAGUAGUGACUGUGUCCAAGGGCCCCUUGUUCCAAGAAAUGGACACCGUCCCCGUCCCAAGCAUCUCCAUCGCAGCCUCGGCAAUCUUGGGUAACUCCAACAUCCUACUGUGCUCCAUUGCUGAGGAAGAACCCAUGGAGGAUCUAGACUUCGACCAGGGUGACCUACAGGACCUGGUCCCCAGUCUGGAACUCAACAUGGCUGUGGCCCCUGAGACCGCCCCGUCCGUUCCCGACAUCGACCUCCUCGGGGGCCCCUUCUGCCUCUCAGACUGGGAGACCCUGUACAAGUCUGUGGCUAAUGAUCUGGAGCCCCUCUGCACCGCCACAAUGAUGUCUUCCACUGACAGUCCUACAUGUAGCAGUUAUUACCGCUCUGUGUUUUCGUUCAAUUACUCCGAGAUAGAUCAUGUGGCUGAGGAGAAGGGGUGUUGUGAGAGCUCCGAGGGUCUCAAAGGAGUUGUUAGCGGUAGAUCUGAUUUGCUUAACGGUCGUCUCAAUUCUCCCACUCUGUUGGCCUUGUGAAUCUGUUAUGAACUGGUUGGAGAAAUAGGGCCAGUUCCCCACACGCAGAAUAAGCCUAGUCUUAUUAAAAAGUAAUAAUAGCAUAUUCAAUAAUGAUUCUCCAUUGAAAGUGCUCUCCUAGUCCAGGACUAGGACUAGAUCUGUGUCUGGGAAACUGGUCCAUGAGGUUGAUAUUGAAUCAAUAAGCUAUGGUCUAUUUAUCUAUCUAUCUAUCUCCUGAUGUUUUGUUAACCUUUUAACCUUUAGCACCAAAUGAAAUGGUUACUGUGACUGUAACAGUGUUAACUUCUUCCAGAUAUAUUGGUGCACCUGUGAGGGCUGUUCACUCUCUUGAGUAGUGGUGGAAAAAGUACCCAAUUGACAUACUUAAGUUAAAGUAAAGAUACCUUCAUAGAACAUAAUAGAGUCAAGUAAACGUGAAAGUAAACCAGCAAAAUACUACUUGUGUAAAAAUCUAAAAGUAUUAGGUUUUUAAAUAUACUUAAGUAUUCAAAGUAAAUGUAAUUGCUAAAAAUAUACUUCAGUAUCAAAAGUAAAAGUAUAAAUAAUUACUUAUAUUAAGCAAACCAGACUGCACCAUUUUUUAAAUUUAAAUUUAUGGAUAGCCAGGGGCACACUCCCAACACUCAGGCAUCAUUUACAAACCAAGCGUUUGUGUUUAGUGAGUCAGCCAGAUCAGAGGCAGUUGAGAUGACCAGGGAUGUUAUCUUCAUAAGUGUGUGAAUUGGACAAUUUUCCGGUCCUGCAUUAAAUAUGUAACUAGUACUUUUAGGUGUCAGGGGAAAUGUAUGUAGUAAACUCACUUUUUUUUUUUUGGGGGGAAUAUAGUGAAGUUUAAAAGUAGUCAGAAAUAUAAAUAGUAAAAUACAGAUACCUCCAAAAAAGUACUUAAGUAGUACUUUAAAGUAUUUUUUACUUAAGUACUUUACACCACUGCUCUUGAGAGAGAUACAUGUGUAUAUUGUUGGUAUUGUAUCAAAAUUAAAUGCAUGAAAAAUCAUACCAUUCAAAAUGGUGCUACAUUUUUGUGUUUCAUCCUUAAAUAUAUAUGUGAAACUAGACUGUAGUUUGUGUGGAUGCCGUCAUCAGAUUGUGUCUGAACAGGUGAAUUUACAGUUUAAGUAAUGUGGACAUUAUUUUACUGUAAAGUGAGAUUUCUUUCAGGUUUUCGCUGAAAACACAGUGCCAUGUAUUUUAUUAAACAUGUAUUUUAUGACAUAGCUUAUUUUUUUUUACAUUCAAAGUUUUGACUAACUCUUGGUCAAAUGCAAAAAAUAAAAAAAAAUAGAACACAGACAA